GGGGGGAUAAUUUUCAUCAAUAUCACAGAAGAAUGAUUAUUUACCCUGGCAUAAUUAGAAGGUUUCUCAGGCAUUUUAAUUAUUGGGCAAUUGGCAUUUACUGUACAGAGGGCUUAUUAAUAAACGCUGACGCAUCAUUUGGUACCAGAAACCAACUCUGGAAAACAUCCAGCUACAUUAACUAGUUUAGUGAAGAGCCUGCACCCAUUUGACUCCAGCCUCCCUGAGUUCUGCGGGCCAACAGGCUGGGGGGAACUUCACCCACCAUUCACACAGGCAGGGCUUCCCCUCAAGAGGCGGGGCCAACUUGUCUGCGGGGGCGGGGCCAACUUGUCUGUGGGGCGGGCCGACCUUGUCUGCGGGGGCGGGGCCAACCUUGUCCGCGUGGCCAGCUGGAUUGGCAGGUCAUGGGGUGGGCCAGCGCAUGCGCACUGGCCGGUCCGCGGCCAGCGGGUGGACCAUGGAGGCGCCGAGGUCCUUUGCACAGGACUGGUACGUCCCAUGGCUCCCCCUGACGCGAGGGGCCGAUUUGACGCUGUGGCUCUGUGAGCUCUGGCUACUACUGCUGACGUCCGGCUUGUGCGCGGGUUUACUGCCGCACGAAGAGGACGUGAACUUUAUCAAUGAGUACGUGAACCUCCACAAUGAACUCCGAGGCAAGGUCAAGCCCUCAGGGGCUAACUUGCGCUUCAUGACUUGGGAUGUAGCUUUGUCACGGACUGCUAGAGCAUGGGGAAAAAAAUGUGUGUUUGAGCGUAAUAUUCAUUUAGAAGAAAUAAAAAUGGCCCAUCCUAAAUUUAAUGGUAUUGGUGAAAAUAUGUGGGUCGGCCCUGAAAAUGAAUUUACCGCAAGUAUUGCUAUCAGAAGUUGGUAUGCAGAGAAGGAAAGGUACCAUUUUGGAAAUGGCACUUGCUCUGGUGACUGUUCUAAAUAUAUGCAGCUUGUUUGGGACAAGUCUUACAAAGUUGGUUGUGCUGUUACUCCAUGUUCAGAAGUUGGACGUAUUAAAUAUGCAGCACUUUUCAUAUGCAACUAUGCACCAGGAGCAACUUUAAGAAGAAAGCCUUAUCAACCAGGAGUAGUUUGUUCUCAAUGUAACGAAAGUGACAGAUGCACAGAUUUUCUAUGCAGCAAUGCAGAUCGUGAGGAAGCCAUAUAUUAUAAUUUUUGGUAUCCAAGAUGGGAAGUGCCCCGGCCACUUGUGUGUGACCCACUCUGCUUCUUAAUUUUCUUUUUGAGAACACUAAGUUUUACAUUAUGUGCCACAAUUGUUUUGAUAGUACAGUCUUAUUUUCCAAAUAUAUUAACGGAAGAACAGAUGACAUUUCCCCCUGAGGUAACAAAAAGAGAGGAAGAAGAGGAGGAGGAAGAGGAGGCAAAGAAAGAAGAAGAAGAAGAAGAAGAGGAGGAGGAGGAGGAGAAAUCAGAAGAGGAGGAGAAGGAUGAGGAUGAGGAUGAGGAUGAAGAUGACGAGGGUUAGGAAGAUGAAGGAUAAGAUAU